AUGGCCCCAGAGGCCGAGUCCAAACCCGACGCGUCUGCUCCUCGAGCGCCUCAGGCCGAGCCUCACGACCUGAACUGCCUCACGAUCUCUGAGCUGGAAGCCCUAGCAUACGAGCGCAUGGACAAGCAGACACGAGACUAUUACAAUGAAGGCGCCGACUGUGGGAGCACCCUGUCCGAGAACAUCUCGGCCUACGGAAAAUACCGCAUCCGUCCAAGGGUAUUGCGAGACAUCUCACAGAUCGAUACGACCGUGCAGGUAUUCGGACACAAAAGUAGCACGGCUUUCGGCGUCGCACCGACGGCCAUGCAACGGUUGGCACAUUCCGAUGGAGAAAUCGCGACGGCACGGGCAUGUCGCUCUCGUGGAGUUGUCAUGGGCCUCUCGUCCUUUUCGACCAGCACUCUCGAAGACGUCGCCCAAGCUUGCGGGGACAACCCCCACGUCCUUCAACUAUACCUGUUCGAAGAGCGCGAGCACUCCCUAAAGCUCAUAGACCGCGCCAAGAAGGCAGGGUACAAGGCCGUGCUAUUGACAGUCGACACGCCGAUGCUUGGCCGCCGCAAUCUCGAAAUAAGGAACCAAUUCAAACUGCCCGCCCACCUAUCCAUCGCCAAUUUCGCGGAACAGGACGACGACACCGACACAGCGGUGGGCAAGGAGCACAGUCGGACCACAACCGCCACGGACGAGAAGAAAACCCCGUCGUCUCGCCGGCCGAAAAUGCCACGCCAACGCCGCCCAAGCACGGCAGGCUACCACGACGGCCAACGUCGCGUCCCGCCCAGCGGCCCCAUCACGUUCCACACGCACGCGGCAAAUCCGACGCUGUCGUGGGACGAGUCCAUCCCGUGGCUGAAGGACGUAUGUGGUCCGGAGAUGGAAGUCUGGGUCAAAGGGAUCGCGACGGCCGAGGAUGCCGAGCUUGCCGUGCGCCACGGAUGCGACGGGAUCGUCAUCUCCAACCACGGCGGCCGACAACUCAACGGCGCGCUCGCGACCCUCGACGCCCUCCCGGAAGUCGUGGCCGCCGUCAAGCAGCGCGUCCCCGUCCACGUCGACGGCGGCAUCCGACACGGCACCGACAUCUUCAAGGCGCUCGCCCUAGGCGCCAACUUCUGCUGGGUCGGCCGGCCGAUCCUCUGGGGAUUGGCGUACAAGGGACAGGAAGGCGUCGACCUGUGUUUGAGAUUGCUGAGCGACGAGUUCCGCCUGUGCAUGGGCUUGGCCGGCGUCACUAGGGUCGCGGACAUUACGAGAGACUACCUCUGCAAAAUCGACCGGGAUGGGUUUGCGAGUCGACUGUGA